AUGUUGGUUGAACAAAAGACAAAAAAGGCCAAUUCUGUUCUAGUAACUUACAAAUUGGAUGAAAAUCUUUUUUCAGAUGCUGUUAUUGAGGAAAUGGAUAGAGUUUGUAUUUGGUUGGGAGCAAAUGUCAUGGUUGAAUAUAAAUUGGAAGAAGCUCAAGAAUUAUUAACGAAACAUUUGGCAAAUAUUGAACAAACUAAUGGAGAAACAGAAGAGGAAUUGGACUUUUUACGCGAUCAGAUUACAACAACAGAAGUAAAUCUAGCCAAUUUAUAUAAUUAUGGUGUUCUUUUACGUAAAAAAUCUGAUGGAAAAUAUUUGACACAACAAAAUUCAACACAUUAAUUAACAUUAAAGUUAAUAUUUUGUGCCUAAAAAUAUUUUGUUGUUGAAAAUUUAAAAGUAAAAAUUAAAUUUAUUUUUUUGUUAAAUUUAAAAAUUUGAAUAUAAG